GUAAUCAAAAUAGAAAUUACUUGAUUAAUUAAAGCACAUGUACAAAACAAUGAAUACCAUGUUGCUGGCAUUUUUACUUCUCUUUGCCUUGAUAUCACAACAACCACUGCUUGGAGCAGCAGAAGCUUCACCUGAGCAAGUUGUUGACAUCACAGGCAAGAAGCUCAUAGCUGGUGCCUAUUACAAUGUUCUUCUAACCAUGCCCUACACCAAUAGUAAAAGUCCCGAAGGCCUUGCCCUCUCAAGCAUAGGCGAAAAAUGCCCUCUUGAUGUCGUGGUUGUGAACCGCUACCACAGCUCGCCAUUAAGGUUCACACCUCUUAACACGAAAAAGGGCGUUGUUCGCGUCUCUACGGACCUCAAUGUCAUGUUUGCUCCUAAUGCUACCUGUCCCUAUCACUCUCCUGUGUGGAAGCUUGAUUAUUAUAGUGUUGAGGGAGAGUCUGUUGUGACCACUGAUGGAUUUGUGGGAAAACCAGGUGCAGAAAGUCUUGAUAACUGGUUCAAGAUUGAGAAAUAUGCUGCAGCUUAUAAACUAGUGUAUUGUCCUCGUGUUUGCAUAUCUUGCAAGCAUCAGUGCAAGGAUCUUGGGAUGGCUGUGGAUAAGAAUGGAAAUCGACGUCUAGCUCUAAGUUAUGUUCCCUUCCAAGUGAAAUUCGUAAAGGCCUAAUCGAAGAUCAUCAUCAAAUCAUGCACAAAAUAUUACUAUAAAUAAGUGUAUUUAAUUAAUUUCCCUAAAGUAUGUUUAUGAAUAAUGAGUGUCCCUCAAGUUGGGUUUCCUUGCUAAGAUAUGAAUAAAAUGAAAUAAACUUUGGUAGCGUUUGGUAGACAGGUGGGAAGGGAACGGAACAUGACAUAUGGGUUCCGUUCUGUGUUUGUCGUGUUUUUAAGAUGGAACGGAACGGGACAAAAUGCUCCAGGAACAGGACACUUUGGUUCCCUAGAAAAGGGUGGAACGGAAGGGAACGGAACGGAACACUCUCUUAAAGCUUUUGCAAGUUCAA